GUGUAUUCCAGAGCAAAAGUCUUCAUACAUCUUUGCUGUAUUUGAUGGUGAGUGACUGUCGGGGGACUCAGGCUUAUGAGGAGGUACUGUCACACAAAACAGUGUCAAGUGAAGACGACAAGAAGGAGAGUAAAGGAUCGGAAAAAGAAGCUGAAGUACCAUAGAAAACCAUGAGAUCUAUUCGAUCUUUUGCCAAUGAUGAUCGCCAUGUUAUGGUGAAACAUUCAACCAUCUAUCCAUCUCCAGAGGAACUUGAAGCUGUUCAAAAUAUGGUGUCUACUGUUGAGUGUGCUCUUAAACAUGUCUCAGAUUGGCUGGAUGAAUCAAACAAAGGCACAAAAACAGAGGGCGAGACAGACGUGAAGAAAGAUGAGGCUGUAGAAAACUAUUCCAAGGAUCAAGGUGGUCGGACAUUGUGUGGUGUAAUGAGGAUUGGCCUGGUUGCAAAAGGCUUGCUGAUUAAGGAUGAUAUGGACUUGGAACUGGUUUUAAUGUGCAAAGACAAACCUACAGAGACUUUGUUAAAUACAGUCAAAGAUAAUCUUCCUAUUCAGAUUCAGAAACUUACAGAAGAGAAAUACCAUGUGGAACAAUGUGUAGAUGAGGCAUCUAUUAUAAUUCGGAAUACAAAAGAGCCCACGCUAACUUUGAAGGUGAUACUUACUUCCCCUCUAAUUAGGGACGAAUUGGAGAAGAAGGAUGGAGAAAAUGUUGCGAUGAAAGAUCCUCCGGACUUACUGGACAGGCAGAAAUGCCUGAACGCCUUGGCGUCUCUCCGACAUGCCAAAUGGUUUCAGGCAAGGGCAAAUGGAUUAAAAUCAUGUGUAAUUGUUCUUCGGAUUCUACGUGAUUUAUGCAACAGAGUCCCUACAUGGGCACCAUUAAAAGGAUGGCCACUAGAGCUUAUAUGUGAAAAGUCUAUAGGUACUUGUAAUAGACCUUUGGGCGCUGGGGAGGCCUUGAGACGAGUAAUGGAGUGUUUGGCAUCUGGAAUACUACUUCCUGGGGGUCCAGGUCUCCAUGAUCCUUGUGAGCGAGACCCAACAGAUGCUCUAAACUAUAUGACUGUCCAGCAAAAGGAAGACAUCACCCACAGCGCACAGCAUGCACUCAGACUAUCAGCCUUUGGCCAGAUUUAUAAAGUGUUGGAGAUGGACCCUCUUCCAUCUAGUAAGCCCUUUCAGAAGUAUUCCUGGUCAAUUACUGAUAAAGAAGGUGCUGGUUCUUCAGCUCUAAAGCGGCCAUUUGAAGAUGGAUUAGGGGAUGAUAAAGAUCCCAACAAGAAGAUGAAACGAAACUUAAGAAAAAUCCUGGAUAGUAAAGCAAUAGACCUUAUGAAUGCACUAAUGAGGCUCAAUCAGAUCAGGCCUGGGCUUCAGUACAAGCUCUUGUCUCAGUCUGGUCCUGUCCACGCUCCAGUCUUCACAAUGUCUGUAGAUGUGGAUGGCACAACAUAUGAAGCCUCAGGGCCAUCCAAGAAAACUGCAAAACUUCAUGUAGCAGUGAAGGUAUUGCAGGCAAUGGGAUACCCAACAGGCUUUGAUGCAGAUAUUGAAUGUAUGAGUUCCGAUGAAAAAUCAGAUACUGAAGGCAAAAAUGAAACAGUGUCUUCAAAUUCAAGCAAUAAUACUGGAAAUUCUACAACUGAAACCUCCAGUACCUUAGAGGUAAGAACUCAGGGCCCUAUCCUCACAGCAAGUGGCAAAAAUCCUGUAAUGGAGCUUAAUGAAAAAAGACGGGGGCUCAAAUAUGAACUCAUCUCAGAGACUGGUGGAAGCCAUGACAAGCGCUUUGUGAUGGAGGUAGAAGUAGAUGGACAGAAAUUCAGAGGCGCAGGUCCAAAUAAGAAAGUGGCAAAGGCAAGUGCAGCUUUAGCUGCUCUGGAGAAGCUGUUUUCUGGACCCAAUGCCGCAAAUAACAAGAAAAAGAAGAUUAUUCCUCAGGCAAAGGGUGUUGUGAAUACUGCUGUGUCUGCAGCAGUUCAGGCAGUUCGAGGCAGAGGAAGAGGCACUCUGACGAGGGGAGCUUUCGUUGGGGCUGCAGCUGCUCCUGGCUACAUAGCUCCAGGCUAUGGAACACCAUAUGGUUACAGCACAGCUGCCCCCGCCUAUGGUUAAUACUUUUAAGCAGUUUUCAGCACGUUUAUCUCACUUUAUUCUCGUUCUCCUCGGACCUUCGUAGCCAUAUCACUUGUAUAAAAUAGGCUGAGAUAUAGUGACUGUAAGCUGUGAUCUCAGUAUACAAAGGUAAGCUCUUUUAUUUUCUGAUUAAAGAGAAAAAUAAGCAAUUUACACAACUUGGAUAUAUGACAAUCAUAUAUGAUGUAUUUGAUCUCUUAGGUCUUAUGUCAUCACAUUAUCUUGAAAAAUUUUAUGGUCUAAAUGUAAAAUAGUUAUUUUCAACAUUUGUUUUACUACUCUUGUAAAUGCUUUUUAUUCAAGAGAGAUAGUUCACGUUCACUAAGUUAAACGUGUAUAUGUGUGUAGAAACUUAGGCUAUAAUAUGUAUAUAAGUCACACACACAGAUAAUCGUUUAAAUUUAGAAGUGGUAGGAAUGAUUCACCUAAGAUGCAGUUAAUGGCAGGGCACUCUUUUUUGUCCAAAGUGCUGGAGUUUUAGAAGCGGCGAGAUUGGAGACAGUGCUGGUGGGAUCCAUAUAUGUAGCUGUUAUAUAAGCUGAGGAUCAAAGUGCCAAUUUCUCAAAGAGAGACACUUCUCUGAGAAAUAAAAUCUCUGAUCUGUGUUGUAUGCUCUAGUACAACAGCAAGAAGCCAUAAAAAAAAAAGCAAUAGAAAAUGAAAAAAACCAAAACUAUUAAGGUAACUAUGGGAAAAAAUGUAAUUGAGAGUUAACCUACUUAUUUGCAGAAUUGACUUUAGUAAGACUUAGAAAGGUGAAUACCAAGUCUGCAGAGACCAAUUUGGUCUCUUUUCCAGUUAAGUAGCCAGAGUAUUUCUUACCAUAUUCAACCAUCAUGGAGUUUAUUUCAAAGAUGUAAGGAUUAGACCAAAUAUUUUAAUCAAGACUUGCUUUGUUUAGUGAGUCCCAUAAAUGCAUUUCACUAUGUAUUAGAUGUUCUGUGCUAAGGCUACAUUUGCUACACACACACACACACACACACACACACAAAUUUAAAAUGGAAUUCAUGUUUUGUAUUUGUUUUUCUAAGUGGCAGUUUCUGUUUAUUACUAAUUUAAAUGUUGCCCAAACAACUUUUUUGCCCCCCUCACAGAAUCUGGGUGUACAUUUCCCGAGGCUUUGGCAGCUGUGAAGUGUUAACAGCGAGGUAGAGUUGACUGGUUCCAAGUGCAGUCCAGUGCUGCGUAGCAGCCCAGUGCCUACUGUGUGCCAGGCCCUUUUUCCUAGUCUGAGUCCGGACGGUCUGUCCAGUGGAAGCAUUUUAAAUCCGAGAGUCUCCUUGGUGGUGGAAUUGACCCUACUGUACAUAUGUUACUUUGGGAGACAAAUAGUGUUUAAGCAGUGGCAGGAGAGUAUUAAUUUAGUUAAUAGUUUAAUUGUAAGCUAUAGGAUAAUGUAGGCUCUCUGGCAUCAUUGUCACUGGCAUCACAUGGAAAUUCAUUCAUUGAAUGAACUUCUGGUCCUUUUGUUCCCGGGCCUCUGAGGUCCAAGUAUGUGAACUAUGUGAAAUGAAUGACAAAUAUCCCACAGUUUUUAUAGUGUAGCGAAGAAUAACACUGUUAAUUUCAACCCUGAGCUCAGGAUUUUUAUUAAUGACAAUAGCAUAGUUUUACCAUUAUAAUCAUUCACUGUAAUUUCCCUGUUUGUUAGAUUUCAUCAAUAAUUAGUGCUCAUUUACUAAUUAAUACUCAGCUGAGCAGACAGAAAAGAGCUAAGAAAAUUGUUUUUCCCUCUAGGAAUUGUAGUAAUUAAGGGCCUUAAAAGCCCAGGGAGAGGUGGCAGAGCAGUGCUCUGUGAACGGCCUUCCUGCAGUGCCUGCCCUUCCAGUGCCAAUGCCUUCUGAGGGCAGCGCGGGCAUCUUUGGAGUCACCCACAACAAGGAAGGUGCCGUGGUCUCUCUCUGUCUGGGAGCAGCCUGAUAGCAGGCUGACAGUCGCCACAGGUUUCUCAGUGUGAGUAGGCAGCCUGGACGGGAGACAGUGGCAAGUGAGGAACAGCAGAGCCGAGAAACUGCUGCCAAGGUGAGUUUUAGUAUCCUGUGUAUCUUGCUAGCACUUUCAGGGCAUGGAGUGUCUUAUAUAAGAAGGGCCCUGCUUUCCCAACAGCAUCUUCCAGAAAGACUUCUAAGUGAAGAAUUCAAUUUGAAUUAGUUGUAAGAAUAGAUAUCCCUCCCACAUUGUCAUUCCAGUUAGGAGCUAACAGCUUCCAUUGAUGUUUGAAGCUUUGAUCUUUGGAGGUUUUUAAAAAUAGUACUGUAAUGCAAAUUAGAUUAUGUAAGCUUUACAGCAUGGCUAGAAAUAGGAAGUAGAAACCUUGAAGGAAUGGGGCUCAGGGCAUUUCACUCCAGUGCUCUCCCCUGGGGCUUGGGGACCUAGUGAGUUGAUACACAGGAAGUGCUGUGAAGGUGUCUCUGGUGGCCCGAGGUGUGUGAGGAAGGGGAGGCUGUGCCAACAGGUGGCUGUGAAGCAGGGACUUGGCCUGUGGGGCAGAGCUAUGUUUGCCCAUCGUGCUGACGGGUUGGGUCUGCUCCCAGGCUUAGGGAGAGGCCUCGGAGCUCCAGAAGUUUGACAGGGAACACAAACCAAAGCCCACAUUUCUGCUGUGGAAACUAAAUCACCAGCCAAUCUGCUGCCCAGGGUUUGUAAAUACUUGGUUUGGGAUUUAAGGGUGCUUAGAAUUUAACAAGGGCUGAGCUUAGAUUGUCAGUCUACCUGCUGAUUCUAAGUUACAGUGCAUUAACAAUAAAAGCCAGUGUUUGAUUAUAGCCACUGCCAGAAUCCAGCCUUCAGGGCUCACGGUGACUGGUAGUGGAGAGUAAGUUAUUAUAAACCACAGAAAGGGAUGGAGGACCCUAGUCGGUAUGAUGAGAAGACUAUGGAUUUACCCUUCGAAGGGUCCUGCAGCUUGUCUUCAGUAGAUUGUUUGGACACUUUGGGAGGAAAAAUUUGCCUUCAUCAGCAUGCAUAGCCUCCCUUGUGUCUUACAAGAAGCAUUAUCAAAGGAUCGGUGUCUCUGCCCAUGUGUCCACUUCCCUAUCUGGUCUAGACACACUUGGGACAUUUCUGUUUGACAAGAGGAAAAGCAGGCAGAGGGUGACACUACUGCUGGUGCCGUGUUCCUGGUUUGAAUAUACUCAUAAGACUUCAGCAGCCUCUGGUGGAAAGGGGGAAGUGGUGUCCCUUGAUGUUGGCGUGUUAGCUAAGUGGGAAGUACAGCUUGAUCCCUGGGAUGCUCUAAGUUUGUAAAAACUCUGAAACAGUGCUAAGUGUUACCUUCUGUGGCCCAAUAGGAUAGAUUUGCCUUGGGAGUCGCCAGGUGUGCUCAUAAAGUAAAGAGAUAGUUGUAUAACUAACGCCAUGACAGAAGUUUUUGCAUUCAUUUCUUACACCUGAGGCUGUUGAUAGAAUUUUUGCCUCAUUCAGCCAACAUUGGGGAGGAGGGACUUUUUUCCUCCUCCCAACCAAUUAGUUCUUAACACCUUAAUUUCUUAUUCCAAGAAGUACCAUGGUCUGGUUGUUCAGAAGUUUGCUGUUGUGCAAGGGAACUGGGAUGCCCCUGAGUGCACAGGGUGGAGACUGACCUCAGUGACCCAGGCUGCAGCGUGGGCCUCUGGAGAUGUCAGUGCCUGGCUGUUUUUGUGCCGCUGGUGGCCAGCACGGGAGAGUAGGCCCGGCGUGGCUGCUCUGGAGACAUCGUCUCAGCAUUGCGGGAGCCAUUCUCCCUCUUCACUCUUUCAGGCUCUCCGCACUUGACCUUGUCGAAUCCUGUGGAUGUGGGGCCUCUGCCUGCAAGUGUCGCCCACUGGUAGUUGCAGCAGCUGUUCCUUUAAAGAAGCAGGAAUGGGAGAAAGGAAAGAAAUAAGCUAGAUUAGGCAGCUUGUGUGUGGCAGGCACCUGGACAGUCUUCUUAAUUCUCGAACAGUCUUCUUGGAGGUGGCAUUAUUCCUGUUUUACAGAGGAAAAGCCUGACAGGAGAAGUGGUGAGCUAGAGCCAGGAAAGAAACCAGCUUGUUCCAAAGCUUUUUGCUGCACCAUACUGCAGAUCACAGGCUGGGCUGAGGAGGCUGUGCUGGAACCUGGGCCUCUGACCCUUGGGUGCUGCUGACCAGAUGCUCAGACCUAGAACAGGGAUGUUUUUAGACCAGCUCUGAAAGAUGAAGCAAAAGAGUGCAGUGGCACUGUGUGAACCCGCCCUUUGGGUAUUUACACCUUGAUUGGCCACAAGGAGGCAUGUGUUUGUAGGUUUCUGGGAGCGUGUACUCUGCCUGGCUGAGAAGGGGUUUGGGGAUGUCUUCAAAGAUGUGAGCCUGGCUCUGAAGGGAGGCCAGUCAGGCUGUGGCCCAGGCUUGGGGCUGACCCUAGGCAGGUAUUAAGUGAGCCUGGGACAAUGGAAGAUUGUAAGGCCUGUCCUCCAUGGCAGAGCUUUGCUUAGGGUGGCUUCAGGGCAGGCUGCCCAGCCUGGAGCGCAAGACUUCCUUAUGUGGGACCCCGUGCAUGGCAAGGCCGGCUUGGAGAGCUCUGUAGUCUCUGCAGACCACAUUCCAGCUCCUUGGCCGAUUAAGACUAGCAGGGUCUGUGCUUAGGGCCAGCUUGGGUGCAGAUAAACACAGAAUCAUUUUCAAGGAAAUCUGUUUGUUCCUCACCCAGCCUAAAUUACUGUCUUUGACAGUUGGCAGUCUUUCUGGAGAACAGGAGGAAGGAAGCUGCUCUAAGCCAAGUUUGAGAGCUCUGAGAGCGAGGGUGUGUGAGCCUUGACAUGGCCAGGUAGGACGCAGCACUCUGCAGAGCCCUUUCCAUACCUGGCUCCGUCCCCUGCUCUGCCGGUGAAGCUCUGGGCAGGGGCAGUGUGAGGUCUGCUGGUCUCGCUCUUCAGACAGGGAAAUUGAAGCCAGGCAUACUCUCUCCAAACCACUCCGCUUAUUUGUGGCUCCUAAUUAGUGAGUUUUUAACCACAGAGAGGAAAUAACAUGUCAUGUGGUGCUUUGAGGGUUAACAGAGCCCUUUCUUAGAGAUUAUUUUGAACUCUGCAGCUGUGGGUUCUGAGUUUUUUCCUUUCGUAGAUGAGGAAACGAGGCUUGGGUGAAGUGACCUGCCUCGGUCACACAGCUCUCGCCUGCAGAGCCCAUGUGCGGUGAUAGCGCUGUGUUUGGCACCGCCACUGUGCAUUGUUAUCCAGGAGCAGCUGUCUCCUCUUUCAGCUGCGUGCUGCUCAUCUCUUCCUCAGACUUUAUCCUGCAUGACUGAAAAGGAGCAAAAGCUGCCCACCUUUCCCUGAACUUCUCUCUGCCAAAAAUUCAAACUCCCUGGGCUUGUUCUCUGAGUUCCUUUGGAAGAACAGUCGGUUUGCUUGCUCCAGGACAGAGUGACUGGCUGGUCCGCCAGGGGUGGCAGCCUAGUGUGGGAAGGCAGCAGGUGGAGGUCUUGUUUCCAUAGCUUUGUGGAAAGUGUCACGAUAAUUGACCCUGCAGUGAUAAUGCCCAAAUUCAGUCAGUGCUACUUGAAGAGCUACUUAGACUGGAGAGGCUGGGGACGUGAUGGGGGCCCAGUUUUUAGGGUCAGCCUCCCUUGCAUUUCAUUUUGGCCCAUCCUGGUUAGGUCUUGAGAUAGGCCUUUGUCAGAGGGUCACCCUGACAGUGACAUCCUUUCCAGACUAGUUAGAUGCAUGCUUUUCUUGGAUUUGUGUGUCACAUACAUCAUCUCAGAAAUUGCGCGCUUCCUAAAACCCCUCAUGACCUUGGAAACCACAUGAAGGGGACGAUAGAGGGCAUCAUUCACAAGGUGAAAACCUGUGCAUGUUGGCACCCAAGGAAUUCAGGACAUCUGAAGCAGUCUCAAAGUGAGAACAGAGGGUCAGGGUAUUGAGGCUAGUGAAGGGCAAACUUGGGGCGAGCCUGGCUACUCCUGUUAGAUACAGUAAAGGGUUAUAUUUACUUAGUGUCUGUCGUUCCAGAAGGGUAAAGAGUUACCGGCAGUGAGCUGGGCAUUUGACCUGGAAUGUGCCCCUCCUGGGAGUAGGUGAAACAACUGGGGCUAAGCAGGGUGGGUGCAAAGUGAGCUGCAGGUUGCUGCUUGCGUUCAGGGGAGUGCCGUGGUCUGGGUGGCAUACUGAAAGUCCUUCCGCUUGGGUUGGCCUCUGAUUGGCUGCAGAUAUCAGGACCACUCCUCCCUUCUUGGAUAAAUGGAUGGAGAAAAUGCUCAGUGUUACCUGCUGCUUUCUGCCUGCCUCUGUGUCACAGGCUAAGUAGCAUUUGGGGGAGAUGAUGAGAUUUUGAGCUUCAGGACCUGAAGAGAAGAGAGGGUAGAGGAAGGGAGAAGGCGUUCUGAAUCAUUUGUGGUGAGAGCCACGUCAGCAGCUUUGCUCAUGGGGUCAGGGAUGUUGCAUCCUAACCUGGGUCCCUUGCCAGGUCUCCCCGCCCUGCAGAAGAGGAGCCAGGCUCACAAGAUGAAGUGCAGAAUAAGAGGGGAUUAGAGCUGAGUCACUUACAUUUCCAGCAGCUCAGAUCCAUGUGGCCCAGUCUUCAAAGUAGGUGGCAUGAGCUGCGCAGGGGACCUCAGCAUUGUAGGUCCUUGUGCACAGAGGCUCAGUGCCCUGGGCAGCGUGCAGUGUCAUCGCAGGACUUGGGCUUGUUAGCCGGGGGAGGUAGCCGGUGCAAUGCAUGACUCAGGCCUGGUAUCCCCAUCAUCCAUCGGGGCUAGAAUUCUGGAGGGCCAUUUUGAGCAGCCCUCGAUCAGGGUGAGGACCGAUGAGGAGAAACGGUGUUGAUACCCAGGUGAGGAUGAAAGGGCUGACCUUGCCAUGGCAGGGAUGGAGGCAGGAGCAAGGUCUGUGCAUGGCCCAGGUACCCAGCCCUAGGCCAGGAAUGACAGUGCCCACUGGGACUGGAGGCCUGCAGAGCUCUUCUCCCAGGGCACUGCUCCAGGGGCCCUGGGGCCUGCAGUGCUAUCUGACCAAGGUGUGGGAGGGAGAAGGGUGCCUGCCUAGGUGUUGGGGCAUCUCCGUCUCUGCGCUGAGCUACAGGCAGGGCUGUGGCAGGAAGCUUCGCUCCUGGCACUGAGCAAACAGGUGCCGGCCAGUCAGCCAGAAUCUUUAUUCCUCCUCUGUUUCUGGGAGCCUGGGCACUGACAGGUACUGUUUGUUCUUUAUACUGAGACGUUUUGCUUUUAAAAACCAUUUUGAAAACUUUUUUUGUUGGUCUAUGGAUUGAACUCAGUGGCAUAAACGCCUGGCAAGUGUGAGGUCGAUCUUCCCCCAAAACAACUAACUCUUUUGGUUUUGUGUUGUUUCCCAUGCAGGGUCUUGCUGUGUAGUCUUGGCAGGCUCACCAUGUAGCUUAGGCUGGCCUUGAACUCAGUGAUGCUCCUGCCUUAGCCUCCAGAGUGCUGGGACUACAGGUGUAUGCCACCACACCUGGCAAUUGUAUUUUAAACUGUGCCAAGGCUGGCAGUGAGUCCCACUGGGUAUGGCAUCGUGAGACAUGGUCAUUAGCCAACUGGAAGGUGCAGGCAUUCUUUACAGUUAUUUAAGGAAGGAAAAAACUGAAACUGAGGUUAGUGAAGCAUUUGCUUUGGGUGUCAGCCUGUUUGCCACCUCCACUUCAUCUUGGUAGGCAAGGCAGUGGGAGACUGGAUGGCUCAGGGGGGGACUUACCUUCUUCCCUUCUUUCUGGUGCUGAACCCACUGGCUUUGGUGAGUGCCCACUUUAUGUUUUUGAAAUGACAGAGCUGUGUUAGGCAAGACCACCACAGAGGGACCACCCCAGGGAAGCAGGGAUGGGUCCUGCACCUGUAUAUUUCUGCAGCUAUUCUUAGGACAAUAACUCAGAACAGUUGGAGGUUGCAGCCUUCGCUCAGAGCUUUGGAAGGGUUAAAGGUGUACUGAGGGGGCUGGGGAUUUAGCUCAGCGGCAUAAGCACCUGCCUUGCAAGCAGGCGGUCGUGAGUUCGAUCCCCGGUACCGAUAAAAAGAAAAAAAAAAAAAAGUGUACUGAGACACUUUCACACCUUUUCUGGCAGCCAGAAUUCUUGCAUUAGGAUGUAGAGGUGUAUGGGGCAGCCCCUGAGCCCGCGUCCACAGCUGUCCCCCAGAGAUAGGACCGGACGCUACAGCAAGCAUUCCAGCUGGGCUUCUUGGUCUCUGCUGCAGCCGCUCACUAUUCAUUGUAGCACAAAAGCAGCCCCAGGCAGUGUACAACACUGUCCUCUGACUUGGUUUUCACAGACUGUGGGCCUCACCUUGCCAACCCUUCAGGUUCCUUAACCUUGUCUUACUUGCGUCAGGAAACCUCCAUCUUUUCUGCUGUCAGAAUCCCUGCUGCCCAAAGCAGACCUCAGUUUUGAGUGACAGGACACUGAAGGGGGAGGACAGGUGGCUAAAGAGUGAAAUACAGUGCAGCAGGCACUCCCCACUUGCCUGCCUCUUCUGGGCUCCCAGAACAGACAGAAGAGGUGAAGCUUCCUCCCAAAGGAACAGGCCCAGGUGGCGGGAGACAGCAUCACAGUGAGGACCUGUGUGCGGCCACACGAUGUCAACUGGGGCAGGUGGUGGGUGGCAGCGGGUGUUGUGUUGUGCUUGGGGUUAAAGUCAUCAUCAGCACCUUUAGAAACAGCUGUUUGUGGAUAAGAACUUGGAAAUUAUAGACUAUGUCUGUAAUUUAAAAUUAUGCCUCUUGGUUUAGGCUGGAUUUUGCCACCAAGGGACAGGAACUCCUAGUGCUGGCUAGGGCGGGAAAGCAAGUCCCAAGGAGCCGGAGGGUUUUUUAGCGGGCAGCUGUAGUGGGCCAGUGAAUGUAACCUUGGGGAAACAUUUAUCUCCAGUUCAAUUCUGGCCUAGAGUCUUGUGUGAGGGUAAAGUGACAGACCUGUCCCUCUUGCUUGAGAAUCAUAUCCUUUGGUGCCACUGGCUGGGAUGAAGUGGAGGCAGAGACAGGUGCCACUAAGUGCAUGGCUGGGCUUCAGGUGGCACAGGAAUGGCCAAGAGAGACUAACGGGCUUCCAGCUCUGCAGAGUCCCUCACUGGGUAGCUUCCAGGCAGGGUGACAGGAGUGGGUGCCACAUGCUUUCCAGGAGGUGGUUUGUAAUCUCUGCAAAUCAGAUGAAGGAUUCUGGAUGUGUCCUUGAGAAGUUGUUUUGUGAGGUGCAUGGCUGCUGUCUCCAGGAGGGGCUUCCCUGGGGUCUUGCUGCCUGGUGGUCACCUGGGGCUGUGUGUGCCCCGAGGCCCUGACAGUAACUGUGUACUUUUUCAUCUCCUGGAAGGAGCGACCCAUCCUGCAUUUUUCUAGAGAAAUUUUUGGAUUUGUAGGAAACUUGAGCCUGGCAUAGAUAGAAAGUGGCCUCUGUCUGUGGCUGUGGCCUUUGCCCUAGCACCAAGUCCUGUGCUGUGCUCCAGCCUCCCGGGGAGCUUUUGUCUGACAGCACCGCGAGUCCCCCAGAGCCUGAGCCACACCCAGCGCCAUGUCAGCCCUCAGCACAGGCUCAGUGCCACCCAGCACUGUCCGGCACAGUGCAAAUAUGAUUAGACGCUUGUCUUUGUAAACAUUAACCUAAAUGUUUUUGCUGCUCUGGGAGUCAGAAUAUUUUUUCAUUAUUUAAAGAAAGGAAGCACGAGUAAGGGUAGGAGUUUUAGGUAGCUAGGUAGCUUGUGUUUCAGAAACUUCUUUUCUACCUUAUAACUUAGUGACAUUUCCUGUUUCCAGCUCUAUCCUCUUCUGGUGGCCCAUGCUUCCUAGCUUUCUGGGCCCAGUGCUGCUCUGCCUAGAUCCCUUGGCGUGGCCAGGUGAGCAGCAAGUGACACUGGUCUCCUUACCACACUCAUGCUACUUCUGAGCUUCUUGGGACCCACGUUCAACUCUGGCUGCAGCCCUUGAUUGCCUGGGUAGUGCUGGCAGUCUAUGAGUCUGUGUCACAGGCGUCUCUCCCUCCCCUGGUUGUCCUUCCUGUGCAGUCGGGUAAAGGUCGACUUUGCCCCCAACACCUGUUGCAGGGCUUCGGCCGUGGGACCUGCUGUGGUUGUGUCGAAGGCGCGUCACCAGGCCCUUUCUGAAGAAGUGGCUCAUUUGUGGGCCCUUGGCUGCAGGCAUCCUCAGGGCUGGGGCAGGGCUUGUGGUCUCCUUGUCUCCCAGGCAUCUAGGGUGAAGCUGGCUGCUGAGCUGUGUCCACACAGGAAUCUUCCUCAGCACCCCCAGGGCCCAAGCAGGCAGUGAGUGCUUGGCACAGGUGGGAACCUCUUGGUGGUGGUGGCCCACCCUUCAGCAGACAUAACACUUGGCUCCUCAUAGUGUUUACCCUGUUUCUCCUGAGGAAUCCGUCAGGCCAGUUGCACUGAGGAGCUUUGGCUCUGAGAGCUUUGGGGGCAGGUCGGGGCGGGGGGGGGGGCUAAUUAGAGAGUUGCUACAGGAACAGAGGCCAAUGCCGCUGAACCUGGGGCUUUUGGCAGAAGGUUAUGGGAAAGGAGCCCAACCUCAAACUAUUGAGCCCAUAGCCAGAUACCACGGGCGUGGCCUGGCCCGUGUAUGUAGUGACCUGCUUUUCACCCACCCGAGCGAACCUGUGUGGGCUGUGCAGCCAUUGUAGAUCCAAAGCCCUGGGUUAUCACCCCGCAGGAGCGAGGUGAACCUGCUCAUCCUAGCCCUUCCCCAGCCCCAGGGUGGGGGCUCGGGCAGAAGCAGCUGAUUGUAGUCAGGGUAGAAAGCCUUUGCCCACUGCAUGGUUGCACACAUGACAUUGGACUCCUGGCUGUAGCUCAUUCUGGUCUGGUGAUGCCACUAGUUUUUAGAAUCUUUUUUUUAAAAAGAUCUGUAUUUACUGUGUUUUCCUGAAUACACAAGUGUAAAUAGUAUAAUUUGCAGUGCAAAGUCCUUGGCAAUUACUUUUUUGUUAUGUACUAUGUUAACAAUCAUUGGAAAUUACAACCAUUGUGGACUGUCCUGCCCCUCUGGGGAGCAGUUACAUGUAGGACUCUGGUGUAAGCGUCUGUGUGGCAGAAGCAGCAGCCUGCAUGUGUGGACUGUCAGCGGCGCCUCACCCGGAGAUGCCUGGCCUUCUUCCCAAGGACCCUGCUGCCCGGCUUCUGCGGCAGUGCGCACACGGUGGCUCCGUGCACUGUGCACACUGGACUCUACCGUGGACUGACCCUCUUGUCUGGCUGCUGCAGUGUGUCUUUAAUGCUCUGACAUGUUGCAUUUUCUCUAUCUGGAUGAAUCAAAAUAAAUGCUUCUGUGUUGAACAGCA